GCCAUCUGAUCGGGUUAAUCCCAUCAUUGGUGCUUUCAUUGAGAGAUAUAAUAACUGUGAGAUAAGGCUGUGAGAUUAUGGCCGGACGAAGGACGAGACGUAACACUACUACUUCCGCCCAGUCGACUCUUCCAGGUCCAUCUGGUACCAGGGAUAUCCCUGCCGGGCAACCCCGCCAGCGAAACGGCCGUGGUGGGAGCGAAGCGCUGGUCCGGUCAUUAGUGGAUUUGGAGGAGGACGAAGUUCAAAGCCAAGCCAGGGUCCCAGCACCACGGUGUCUGGGGCCGCCGGUACCGGAAGCUGGUGAAUUCCAAGAUCUGAGGCAGCAGAUCCAGGAGAUGCAAAGGAAGAUAAACAAGGGUCGAGUAUUCACUACCCAUACGAAUACUCCCUUAGCCCCGGAGAUCUUUGUGGAACCAUAUCUGCAGGGAUUCAAAAUGCCAUUUGUUAAGCGUUAUGAUGGGGAGUCGGAUCCCCAGGAACACAUAAACAGCUAUGUCCAGGUGAUGAUUGCCGUAGACUCCAGUGACGCACUCAUGUGCCGGUGCUUCUUGCAGACAGUUAAUAGCAAGGUCGCGGAUUGGGUCAACCAUAUUCCUGCCGGAUCAAUCCGGACAUGGGAUGAAUUGGGAUUGCGGUUCCUAGAGCAUUUUGCCGGGAACUUCCGUCCCAAGAAGCAUUUCACUCACUUGGCUUCAGUGCGACAGAAGCAUGGAGAAUCCUUGAAGAAUUUCCUUAUCCGAUGGAGGAAAGAGUCCAGGGAGGAGAGAAAGGAGGGGAAGAAAGAGAAGACUCCUAAAGAAGAGGAGAAGACGGGAAAUAAGAAGCCGUUCAAGAAUAAGAAGCAAGGCUUCCCGGAUGGCCCAAAGGGCGCAAGUCCUGGGACCUCGAAGAAGCAUAAAUCUGCCAAUCCAAUCUUCACAUUGCCGGUGACUGAGGUCAUGGCCCACGCUGCACAGCAGGGACUCAUGACUUACCCAACCUAUUCUCAGAAGGUCUGCAAUGUGGAAGACACUGGAAAAUGGUGUGCUUACCUUCGCAAGAAUGAUCACAACACGGAAGAUUGCUAUACUCUGAAGAAUGAGAUGGCAAGGCUAAUUCGCCGGGGUCAUCUGAAGAAGUUCGUACAAGAUGGUGACGCGGGAAAUCCCGGGAAUGCUAAAAAUGGAAAGCGCAGAGAUAAAGAAGUGGCCCAGGCUGAGGCCCGGGAGAAACACUUCCCUCCUUCCUUGUUUCCCCACCUGGGCCGUGCAUAACCCACCAAAACCCACCAUAAAAGAAUCCCCAUUUCCAACCAAAUAAGUGAGUCUCAUUUUCCACCCCUCACUCCCCACACCAGGCCGAAACACCCUACCCCACAACCUCACCCUUCUUCCUUCUUUUUAUUCCAUUAAAAUAAGUGGACAUUA